UUUUUAGGAUAUUCAAGAAAAAGCCAAUUGCUAAACGUUCAGGGCUCACACCACGCAGUACACCCGUGCCCAGCAUGAAACGCUCAAUAUCUAACAGCUCAGUCAAUAGUCAGUGCAGCCUUGCCAGUCACAUCAGCAGUGCAUCUAUGCUGAACACCUCACUGGCUCAACAGAUAAAUCAUGAUUCUUACUGGCAGGAGCCUGAGGCAGAGCCUGACGCCGAGCCUAUUGGUGGUGACCCACCUGGCGCCGAGGACAAUUAUGAGAGGCUGUCUGCAAUGGUAAGGAGACCAAAUGGCUACAAGAGCAGUAUUCUGUCAGCUCCACCUUCCACUGAUAUCUACACAUCAUCCACUUCUGGAUACUCCUCUGAAGAUGAGCAGCUGGGCUCUGUAUAUUCAGCACCAGCUUCUCCCAUUGCUAAGCUAUGGAACGGGAUCUUUGCACUCUCUCCAGGGAAAGCUUUUUCCAUGGUGUACUGGUGGCUUGGUACAGCCUGGUACCAGUUAACAACUGCAGCUUCCUUGCUUGAUGUCUAUACACUGUCUAGGUGUGUCCCCAGUGUGAAGAAGUGGUUACUGUUGGGUCUGCUGGUUCUGCUUGGUUUAUUGGGUGCUUGGCUUUUAAUAUUCAGAAUGCCACGGCCUCGAGCUGAGAUGACAGGAAAAAUAGAAAGAGAAACUUCAAAAUGGUCGGCUUGGCCAGAGAAGCUGGUGGCUCCUACAUUGGAUCUGUCUUUACAGCUUGAUUUGCAGUCUCGUGUGCAGAAAAUGGAACAGCAGUUGGCACAACUGGCUUCAGACUUUCAUACUCUGUUACAACAAGACAGUGAACCCAAUCAGCGAGUACAGCCAGUAGCUGAAAGGGAAAAUGUCCCAGUUGUACCUCCACUUACACGGGAGGAGGUGAUCAAACUGCUUGAAGAGUUUGCCCAUCAACAACAAGAGAUGGCGCAAGAUGAGCGGUCGAAUGAUUCAAUCUUGAGGAUUCAAAGUGAUAUAGCCACUAUCCGGCAACAACAGGAUAUGCGAAUGGAGCAGCUGCUGCUAAAGGUUAAUAGCCAAACUGAGGAGAUGUUCAGAGAAAUAAAGGAAGCAAAGUCUGCUUUUGUAAGUAAUGUGAAUGAUGAGCAGCAAACACUCCUGUCCGCACUGAACCAACUGGAAGAGCAGCUCAGCCAAACCCAGCUUGAGUUGAUGGACAUACGUACUGCACAAAGGAACAUGGCAUCAAACAUGGAAGCAUUGAGUAGCAAGCUUGAAAGUCUGAAGGACAUUAUGGAGUCAGAUGUGGUCCAGUUGGUCCACAGGAUGCUGUUUGGUUCAUCACAGGACAACAUACAUGUAUCUUCAGACCAAGCACUAAUAUCACAGUUUGUCCAUCGUGAAGACCUGGAAGCCCUACUUCAUGACUUAGAGAAAAAGAUCCUUGCUGAUCUUUCACAAAAUCACAGUCAAACAACAGAGCUGAACUCAGUCAAUGUCAGAGCCAUGUUAGCCGGAGCAGCAAUUACAAAGGAAGUUGAGAAUAUUGUGCAACGAGCCUUGAAACUAUAUAGUGCCGAUCAGAUAGGAAUGGUGGACUAUGCACUGGAGUCUGCUGGUGCCAGUGUAAUCAGCACACGCUGCUCUGAGACAUUUGAGACCAAGACAGCUCUACUUAGCUUGUUUGGAGUUCCACUAUGGUACUAUUCUCAGUCUCCAAGAGCUGUGAUUCAGCCAGAUGUUCAUCCAGGGAACUGUUGGGCAUUUAAAGGCUCCCAAGGAUUUGUUGUCAUCCAGCUUGCUGCCCGGAUCACACCAACCUCCUUUACUCUUGAGCACAUUCCAAAGUCUGUUGCUCUCCAUGGAUCAAUCAGCAGUGCACCGCGUGACUUCUCUGUUUAUGGCCUGGAUGAUGAGAUUCGAGAAGAAGGGCUUCUAUUAGGACAUUACACAUAUGACCAGGAUGGGGACUCAAUACAGACAUUUCAAGUCCAGAAUAAAGAACUUGGAACACUUCAAGUCAUUGAGCUGAGGGUAAAUAGCAACUGGGGCCAUCCUGAAUACACUUGCCUCUAUCGAUUCCGUGUCCAUGGAGAGCCAGUGAAGUAAUGUUGGGAGAUAGAGAACUUGCACUAUAGGAGAUGUUUGGGCAGCACUUCAAGGACCUGCUCUGUAUACUUUUUCCACACAUCUGAAGCUGCAGUACUGGAGGCCAUUCUGCCACUCAAACCUUGCUCUGUGCUUUUGUUGUGAGUAAGGAACGAAAGCACUGUUUUUCUGGAAAAUAACAAAGGUAUUUGGAACUAGAAAAUAUCGAAAAGACACUUUGUCUCAAUUUCGGGAUUGCGUUUCCAGUUUAUUACCCGAGAUGUGAAUAAAUUGGCAAAGAAUGGAUGGAUGAAAUCUGCUGGAUGGGCACUCUUCCCUUUCACAAGACACCGUUGACAUGCCCAUCUGUUCAUCUUAAUGGCAAAGUCCAAGCACCCACCCAUAUUAUGGAUCCUGGGAUACAUUGAGAAAAUCUAAACUUUGUUCUGGUAUUGCAAGUAAUCUAGAUAUUCAAACUUUAAUUCCAUACAUUUAAUUCAAAGUUCAGUUCCUUACAGCUACAACUAUAAAAUAGAAUGGCAAACAAGACACAUUUGUUUCUUAUGAAAGCUACCAGCCUUUAAAUCUGGUGAAAAGACCACAAGCUCCCACGAUGUAUAAUAGAUGCAAAUGAUGAUGUUUGUGUUCAUUUGUGACACAGUUACCCUGUACAUCUGACCGCCACCCCAUCUGUCACAUCCCUCACCCCCAAACAUGCCCCACAAACCCCUCACAUAUGUUCCACUAUCAGGAUAGAGUGAUGCAGGUGUUGCCUCCCAGGAAUAUAAUGUUGAUAUCAGCUAAGCAUACUUUAGGUUACUACAGCUCUGAUCAUGUCCAAUCGCACAAUUAUUUCUCAGGACUAAUGUGAUUAAGGUGAAUUGGCAGAGAGCUGAAUUGUAACAAAAAUAAGCAUUCCGUCCAUUAAGCUCUUUAACUGGAAAUGUAAUGCAAGUCCAACAGUAUUGCACAAGGAUCCUUGACACAUGGCAGAAUUAUUCUCCCUUUAAAAUUCCUAGCAUUUUUAUCUUCAUUUUAAUUCUUAAUGUUUAUACUUCAAGGAGAGAUGUUCAUGAGCAGAUUUCAAUUGUAAAUUGUUAAAACUUAAGGUUAAACGUUUUAAAGUGAUGAUGUGGUUUUAAUGUUAGUUCCUUAGCAAGUGGGAAACGCAGACAAGUCAGAAAGUAUUGCUAUCUCUAGUCGCUCUGAAUGUAUUAGGAAACAACCACAUUUGGACUGGAUUGAUGUUGUACCUAGACUGGUUAGAGUGGUGGGUACUUCUCUAAAAUACAUUGAGUACAGUCCGGUAGCUUUGAUAAUCUGAUGAAAGACUACAAACUGCUACAAUAUGCUGAUGGUAUCAACACAUUACCAGUUAUUAAACUUGUUAAUGAUUUCCCAAUGGGGAAAUGCCACCUUUAUGUUUGAAAGUCCAGUAAUAUAACUGUUUGGCUCUUCUGCUUAAUAUCAUGUUCAGUAAUGGUUCUUCAGAAUUCUUUAUGCCCACUUUCAUCACUGCUGUAAAGGGCUGGUUGAGGCUUAUUGCACAUAUCAACAGAUAUAGCACCAUGCUUGCAUUUUUAAGCCAUCUAGUAUCUUUACCAUUUUGUUGCCCAAUAUGGUGCAGAGCACAGAAUCCAUUUCAUAAUCUGUCUUUCCUGUAUUUUAAGGUAUUUGGGACUAGGCCUUCCCAAAUCCCAAACUCCGGACGAAGAGUGUGAUGAAAAUAAUUUUGUGGUGAAAGACCAGUCUUGCUUGAGUGCCAUAAUUGUACUGCUGUAAAUGAGCAAUGGGCGGCAUGUUAAAGCAAUAUGGUCACACACAUUUAGUUAUUCCUUAUGCUAGAAAAAUCAAUUAUUCAGUCAGAAUUUUACAUCCAGAAAAGUAAAUAACAAGUGGAUCUCUACUAGAGAAAGAGCAAUUUAAAUUGAGCAAGAUAUAAUUAUUUACAUAGGUUGUUUUCAUAGAAUCAUACAAUCCCUACACUGCAGAAAGAGGCCAUUCAGCCCACUGAGUCUGCACUGACCCCCUGAAGACCACCCCACUCAGACCCAGCCCCGUACGCUAUCCCUGCAUGGGUAACCAACCAAACCUGCACAUCCCUAGUCACCGUGAGCAGUUUAGCAUGGCCAAUCCACCUAACCUGCAUAUCUGUGGACUGAGAUGAAACUGG